AUGGCUGGUAAAGAGACUGUUUUGGCACACAUUGCCAACUUCUUGAAGUCCGACAAGGACUUGAAAAAGGUUAACAAGGCAUUUUCUGAUUACUUGGAAAAAAACAACAUUGAGUUGCCCACAGUGGCUGGAGACUUGGAGACUUUGAUUGUGGAAGAGAAGAAGUCUGAGGCUGAAUCUGACUCCAGCGACGAUUCCAGCGACUCGAGUGAUUCUGAUUCGAGCGAUUCCGACUCAAGCGAUUCCGACUCAAGUUCUGAUUCUGAAUCUGAAGACGAGAAAGAAGAAGAGAAGGAAGUGGAUGCAGACAAGAACGGCUCGUCUGAAACUGAGUCAAUCUCCGAGGAGGAGAAGAAGCCAGAGAUCAAGGGAGACUCUGAAUCCAGUGACUCCAGUGACAGUGACUCUAGCUCUGACAGUGACUCUAGCUCUGACAGUGACUCUAGCUCUGACAGUGACUCUAGUUCUGAUUCUGAUUCUGAUUCUGACAGUGACUCCAGCUCUGAUUCUGAUUCUGAUUCUGAUUCUGAUUCUGAUUCUGAUUCUGAUUCUGAUUCUGAUUCUGACUCUUCCUCUGAUUCCGACUCAGACUCAGAUUCAGACUCCGACUCCAGCUCUUCUGACAGCGACUCCAGCUCCGAGUCUGAGACAGAACUGACUGAAAAAAAGAGAAAGGUCGAGGAAGCUGAGGAACCUGUCGUCAAGAAAAUCAAGGUCGACCACAUCUCUGCUACCCCAGAGGCAGAAUUGCUUCCGGGCCAGAGAAAGCACUUUUCCAGAAUCGAUCGUUCCGUCAUCUCCUUCGAGGACUCGACAUUGAUGGACAAUACAUACAAGGGAGCUGCCGGUACCUGGGGAGAGAUGGCAAACGACAAGUUAAUGCAAGUGAGAGGCAAGGACUUCACGAAGAACAAAAACAAGAUGAAGAGAGGUGCUUACAAGGGAGGAUCCAUUACCAUGGCUUCGGGAUCCUACAAGUUCACCGAUUAG